UGGGAAAUUUAUUUUGCACAAUAAUAAAAAUUAUGUUCACGUCAAUAAUAUAUCUUUUUCUAACCAACAAAAACUGCUAUUGAAUUCUGUAAACAUUCUCUGGAAAACUGAAACUUCGAAUGAAGCAAGUAAAUCUAUAAGCAUUAAAAAAAUAGCUGCAAGAGUUGAUGCAG